AUGGAGGGAUGGCUCACCAAGCGCCGCGACCACAUGAAUCUUAUCUGGCUGGAUCGCUACUUCCUCCUGGACGGUAACCAGCUCCGCUACUACCGCAAACGCGGCGACCCUGCGCCUCGUGGGACCUACAUUCUGACUGAUGGCUGUAUGGUGAGCCCCGUGUUCAACUCGGAGGAGAAACACAAACACCACGGACCCGUGUGGAUGUUCCGCAUCACUUUUGCAUUGGGCGACGCAGUGAACGGAGAAAAGUCGUACAAGAAGGACCGAUUCCUGGAUCUAGGAGCUAAGAGUGAGGAGAAUGCCAAGGAAUGGAAACGCGCGCUGGAGAACGCCGUGCGGUCGCUGCAAGAGCUGGUGGCGCAUCAGAAGAAGCUUAAGAACGACGCCGAGAUCUUCCCCACGCCCACCCACGUGCCGAGGAUGUUGAAGGCCGAUGAAGACACGAUGUCUCUCUUUAACUUGGACGCAGACAAUGACAAGGCGGAGCAAGCCUGGUGGUUGGCCAGGGUGGAAGGAGGACUCCGGAUCAUGCAGGAAUGUCCACUGGGUCCCAACGUUGCGGCCAAUCUGUUCGCUCAACAGGCAGCGACAACCAACGGACUGAUCUUCAGUGCGUGUGUGGGCGCAGCGCUGAGCUUUAGCAGCAUGUAUUCGUUCGCGAGCAACAUGUUGCUGAGCUUUAUGACGGCACUAGUGGCUAUUGCUGUAUGCUGCGCUGCAGUGACCCCUACCCAGGCGCCCGAGAUCCCGAGCUUCCGUGUGUCCCAAGUAGUGCAUGGCUCUCCAACUGAAGUCUUUAGACUCCUCAUGAACCCCAAGAGAUUCCAGAGAUGGGACUCGGGGACGGCGACGAUGCGUGUGGUGCAGCAGCUGGAUGACCACGCUGACAUCGUGUACAUUACGCAGCGACCGACGCACUUGUGGCCUCUGUGGCAGAAAGCUCGUGACCUUGUGCUCAUGCGCUACUGGAGACGCGAAGAGGACGGAUCGUACUUUGUCAUGUACCAGAGCAUCGAGCAUCCCGAGUGUCGGGUGCGUCACAACUAUGUGCGAGCGAACUUACUGGGCGGCGGCUUCGUUAUCGCUCCCCAGCGUGUUCCAAGUGGAUCGAUCCGAACUCUGGUUACUUACGUGCUUCGUUACGAUCCAGGCGGUUGGUCCCGUAUUUACCACCAGCUUGGCAUGGAUGUGGAUCUCGUAAUGCCAAUGCUGCGUAGUGUCGUGGGGAUUCGUGAUGAAAUGAGCGCUACAGACUUCAUCACGCCCAAUGUCUCGAUGGCGCCUGCAGCAGAGGGCGAAAGCUCGGAGACUGGACCGCAGGAGAACAAUUUCACACAGCGAACCAGUGUGGACUCGAUGGGCGUCGUCAUGGGCGUACAGAAACUGCAGACCAGUUUCCCAGAGAAGAUGUGGGGCGAGCCGGACGCUUCGCUGUUUAGUGUUCGAGGACACAACUACCUGACCGACAAGAAGAAGAUCCCUUCGGCCCCCGCCAUGUUCCAUACUGUGGGUGUCGAUCUCUUGUCCUUUGAGAGUCCUGCUGAGAGGUACAACAUCUCGUCUCGAUCGGACAGUGUCGGCCGCACCAGCUCCAAAUUCACGUUUGUAGUCAACAUGAUCAUCCCAGGUCCAGAGAAUGUCUGCAUGGUCUUCUACUUCCACCCUGUGCGCGACAAUGUGUUCGAGGACGGCUCUGGCUUCUCCGAGCUACUGAACGACUUCUUCGACGGCGACGACCAGUUCCGGAACUCUCGCUUCAAGCUCAUCCCUACCGUCGUUGAAGGCAGCUUCAUCAUCAAACAAUCGGUCGGGUCCAAGCCGACGCUGCUCGGUAACAAGCUCAAGUGUCCAUAUCACCGUGGAGAAAACUACUUCGAAGUGGACAUCGACAUCUCCUCCAACUCGGUUGCCAACACAGUGGUGGGGAUGGUGCAGGGAGUGACCAAGUCGCUGGUGGUGGACAUGGCCUUCCUGCUCGAAGCCCAGACCGACGAAGAGCUGCCUGAAGUCAUCCUGGGAGCUGUUCGCAUGCAGCACAUUUCGCUUGACAACCCGCGCCGCAUGCCCAAGCUGUCGCCCUGA